AUGUCCGUCUUAGCCCCUUGCCUACUUCGGCUACGGUUGGGAAAGGAUCAAUUGUUCACCGCUGUACGUAGUAUUUCCGCCUCAAGUAGUGUGCAGAAAUGGAAAUUUACCGAAAAAGUGGAAAAUGAUGUAACUGUGGUGGGAAUGGAAGAAGUGCCAGAACCAGUGCCGCCAUCCAGUUCUCACUGUGCUCUUUGUACAUGCAAUAUACCCGUAAAAUUAUCCUACAGUGAUGUUCUAAUCCUUGAACAGUUUAUGCGAGAGGAUGGUACUGUGCUCCCUCGCCAGUUGACUGGGUUGUGUAAGAAGCAGCAGUUGCGUCUUGAGAGAUGCGUUAUGCAAGCACACUGGGCUGGACUAUUCCCUGACAAAACCGUUCCCGACUUCGAUAGAGCGGGAUAUAAACGAUUUAACAGGUAUUGGAAAGAUGAUAUGGAUAUGUAUCGAUUGAGGGAGAACGUAGAACCUGGUACAUGGUACUACAUAAAACGGUAUCCGACAGGAAACCAGCCAUUUUGUAAUAUUACUCGAAGCUUGCCUUCACUGGAAGAGCUGUCACUAAACAAUAAUCAAUUUACACAUCUUACACAGUGCAUCAGUGAUCUGUCUGUGCAUACGUUGAAGUUACGUGGAAAUAAGAUAGCUUCUAUCAAUGACACCUUGAAUGAAGGCAUUCGCGAUGUCGAUCUCUCCUGGAAUUUACUUCAAAAUGCAACUGGUAUUCAUGACCAAAUGACAAGUUUAAGUGAAUUGUCGAUGGCUGGUUCAUACAAGUUGAAGUUUGUGAGUGGUGAGCUUCCUGAAACAACAGAAGAGUUCUCGUUGACCAAUUCUGAACUUGCAGCUUUCCCUCAAUCUUUUUUCGCUCGGGCGCGUCUGCUUCAGCUUAACGUGAGUGGAUCAGAUUUUGACUGUGACCCCUGCGUUAUGCAGUGGUCACUACCAGUUGGUUCCCUAAUGAAAAAUCAAACUCAGUGCCCACCAGUAGUUCCUCUGAAAAAUUGUACGCUGGGGAUAUCGCAACACGAUCCAGAAAUCGUUAGAGCGGUGCUUGGGGAUUCAGUAGUUCUUCCGUGCACUGCUUAUGGUGCCCCACAACCCAGCAUUGAGUGGUGGUUGUAUCGUCCAAAGACUUUUUUGGGAGUUUUUGAUCCUCAGUCGGGUGAACAGGAGAACUCGACACAAGACUGUUGCUCCGUGCUGGGUGGUGGCGCUUUACUACUUCAUAAUGUUAAUCGAUCCAUGGUGGAACGAUAUGUUUGCGUUGCACGGCAAGGGUUGAAUUCCGUGCAGAGAGUUGUACAUUUUCGACUUGACUACUCGAGCUGGUAUUCUCUUGACCUGUUCAACAGUGUAUUUUGGGGAGGAAUAGCGACGGCCGUGCUUGCUUGUUCCUUCUCCUUUCUACUUAACAUUACUUGGAUUUUAACAAGAAAAAGUAUCCUUUGGUGGAUACAACGUGCUGAACGUCUUUCUCGUGUUCGUAAGAUGGUGGAAGCGAUGGAGAAAUACCGUGCACGACAGAUGGAGGGUUUACAAGCAAAGUAUACGCGAAGAAUGCAAAUGGUCCGCGAAAACUAUCAUGCACAAGUGGAACAACUGCGACUUUCGUACAGUUCUCAAGCUGAGAAAUUCCGUGACUAUCGUGCUGCACAAAUGGAACAUAUGUCUUCUCAUUUGGAGAAUAUCAGGGAAAACUAUAAUCAGCAAAUGCAACGUGUAAGGGAGUACGGAUCACGACGAGCAGAGCAGUUGUGGGAAAGCUACGAGCGCCAGGUGAACAGAGUCAAGGCGUUUAGCUUGCAGCAUCGUCUCAAAAUGAUGAGGCAGUACAAAGUGAAGCAGAGGUACUUGAACAGGCUACUUGAGUCGUUUCAAGACACCACCGUUAGCCCCGAAGCACUGCGGCAACAGGAGCAAGAAGUGCGGGCUGCAUUGGAAUUGGCUGUUCCACCCGUGUCUCCAGAGCCACAUCCACUACCGUUGUCGCGAACCUCCUCUUUUUACUCUCUACCAGAGUAUGUCAUUGAUGAUGAAGGAAUCUUGAGACCAAGCCCGAUUAUUGGCAGACAUACCACGAGUGCCAUCCGGAACAAUGAAAAUCGGAAUUCGACAGCCGUAUCAAUUUACAGCGCUAAUGACACCGUGGAAAGCCAAACGCCAAUUUGCGAGAACGACAUCACCGAGAUGAAACCUUCGGGCAGUGGGAGAAGCGCUUUUGAGAACAAAUCGCCACGUAGCGAGCAGAGCAGGUCGCCAAACAAGGAGGAGAAAACCAAAGAGAGCAAGCCUUCAGGAGACGAGAAGGAGAGUUAA